AUGGCCACAGCCGAAGCUGCUGCGAGACCCCAUGACCGGCCGUCGUCGCGCAAACGGCCCUUCGCGGGCUGGAUGAAGCGCCUUGCAAAUCUCAAACCCUCGUCGUCAGAUUCGCCCAGCAAGAAGAGUGACACAACGGCGUCGACCAAGGUCAAGAAGUCGGCUGCGAAGAACAACCCAUAUCCCGAAUCUGGCUUCAACACGAAUGCGCCCGCCCGACGCUCCUUGUCGACUUCUGGCACGCCACGAUCGAAUGACAGCUACACGUCAGUCGAGGAGAGCACAUUAGGCCAGCGCCAGGCCAAAAGCAACAAGUCAACAGCGCCCACCGUCGCGACGGUUCCAGAGACUGUGCGCUCAACGCGCUCCAAAGCCGAGACGGGCACCAGCAACUUCGUCAACGGAGGCAGCACCUUCUCGUCCCCCCACGGAUCCGAGCACUCGCUCACCACGACGUUGACGACAAUACAAUCCACCGCACCUUCCAACAUCCUCAAUGGAGGCCAGAACAACGCAACCAUCUCUGGUGCGUCGCCUGUACACUUCUCCCACCAAUUCCCCACCUCGGCUCCGCCGUUGGCCAUCCCUCCGCAUCUUGCUCUCCCGCAGCAACAGCCAAAUUCGUACCAAGGUGCAACGGCGAACAACAUCCUCACGGACAACGCCUCCAUCUUGACACUGGCCUCGUCGUCGAAGCGACGCCGCCGAAACUCGCUCGACACGAAUGCAUCUGUUCGGGCCCUCGCGCCGUCGUCACACUACGGGGGCAGCCGGGAGUCACUUCCCCUCAGCGUGCUGUCGGGUAAUGCGGAUGCCAUAUACUCUCCCUCCACCAGGCCCAGCAACGUCGGUGGCUUCGCGAAUGCAGAGCGGGCGAGUGUAUAUUCCGCGUCUGGCGUAACUGCUCCCGUACUGCCCAGUGAGCGCAACAGCUACUAUGCAAACAAACAGGCCACCGAUGGACUCAGCAUCCGUAGCGGACUCUUGGGUCAUGGCCGCACUGAUAGUAUCAGCAGCAUGCGAGCCACCCCCACCAGUCCUCUCGCAAGCCCACGGGAUGCUGUCGCCCCAGGUAGGAUCCGACAAAGUUCAGAAUGGAAAGAGGCGAGAGAGGCAAGUGAUGAGGACGACACGUCGGCGAGUCCCACCGUAACGGAGCAGGAGGACAAGGGAAAGGCGCAGAAUGCAUGUUUGAAGCCAUGA